AAGAGCUAAGUAGUUCCAAGUUAAGCAGAUCAAGCUCACUCACCAACUAUGACCACUCCCCAUCAGCCUCUAUUAGACAGAUCCAAAACCUCUUAUACCAGGAUUCUCCUCCUAAUUUUAACCUUGGUUGCUAUAAUGUGCUCAGCUGCUUUGGUUAGUGUUCGUUUAGUUAGAUUUAGCUCAUCUGGUACUGCUCUCCCAUAUCGGUUUUGUGAGAGAGCUGUUGACAAGAAAUCAUGUUCAGUUUUGCUGUCAGAAAUGGCAUCAAAUACGACCUUGAAAAUGAAGGAUGCUGGUGAUGUACUGCAAGCCUUCUUAGAGCAAUCCAAAGUUCGUAUGCAAAAUGCCAUGAAUGUGGCCAAGAAGUUCAAGCAUCGGGUCAACAAUCCUGGAGAGCAAGCAGCUUUGGCUGAUUGCAUGGAGUUAAUGGAGUCAUCCAUGGAUAGGAUCAUGGAUUCCAUAGUGGCUGUUGAAAAACAAGAUGCCAUAUCCUAUUCAAAUGCUCACACAUGGCUAAGUAGUGUACUCACUAACCAUGUCACAUGCUUGGAUGGCCUGGAAGGGUCAGCUCGGACCCUUAUGGAGCCAGGGUUCAAUGACCUGAUAUCAAGGGCAAGAACUUCACUGGCCAUUUUUGUUUCUUUUUCUCCAAGGAAAACUAAACUUAUUGAUCCAUUGAUUGAUAGAUUCCCAUCAUGGGUCAGCAACAAGGAUCGGAAGCUGUUACAAUCUUUGCCUAAUGAAAUCAAGGCCAAUGUUGUGGUGGCCAAAGAUGGAAGUGGCAAGUACAAGACAUUAGGGGAAGCUGUUGCAGCAGCACCAGAUAAAAGCAAGACCAGGUACAUAAUCUAUGUGAAGAAAGGUACUUACAAAGAAAAUGUUGAGAUAGGAAAGAACAAGAAGAAUUUGAUGAUUGUUGGUGAUGGCAUGAAAUCGACCAUUAUCACCGGCAGCCUGAAUGUUAUUGAUGGAUCUACCACCUUCAGAUCAGCCACUGUUGCGGCUGUUGGUGAUGGGUUUAUGGCCCAAGACAUCUGGUUCCAAAAUACAGCAGGGCCACAAAAGCAUCAAGCAGUGGCCCUUCGUGUCGGAGCCGAUCAAUCGGUUUUAAACCGGUGCCAGAUUGAUGGCUACCAAGACACACUUUACACCCACUCCAACCGCCAAUUCUACAGAGAUUCCGAAAUUACUGGCACAGUGGACUUCAUAUUUGGUGAUGCAGCAGUGGUGUUCCAGAAUUGCAAACUGGUGGUCCGGAAGCCGAUGGACAAGCAAUCAAACAUGGUUACAGCCCAAGGCAGAAUAGACCCGAACCAAAACACGGGUACUUCAAUCCAAAGCUGUAAUAUAAUAGCAAGUUCUGAUCUUGAGCCAGUGAAAGGGUCCUUCAAGUCAUAUUUGGGGCGUCCCUGGAAAGAGUAUUCAAGAACUGUUGUUAUGCAAUCACACAUUGGUGACCAUAUUGACCCAUCAGGGUGGUCAGUUUGGAACGGGGAUUUCGCAUUGAAGACACUGUACUAUGGGGAGUACGUGAACAAGGGACCUGGAGCUGGAACUAGCAAGCGAGUGAAAUGGCCUGGCUAUCAUGUCAUUACCAGUGCAGAAGAGGCCAAGAAAUUCACUGUGGCUGGGCUUAUACAAGGAGGAUCAUGGUUGAAACCUACUGGAGUCAUAUUUACUGAAGGGCUGUAAAAUAAAUUAGCUAGGCUUGGGUUCUUUUGACUUCAACUGUUUUUGUUUUGAAUAAAUGAAAGCUUCCUUUCAUCCCUUUCACUGUAACAUGAGUUUUCUGGUUCAAUGAAGCUCCUGUCACUACACCAAAA